AAAGUUUCCUGCUGUGGCAUGGAAUAAACACGACAGAAAGAAAAUGACAGCGAGACUUCUAAGAACAACCCUUGCUUUGCUCUCCCUUGGCUUCUUUGGGGUCCUGAAGGCAUCAACAAUAUCAUGCAGAAAUGAAGAAGGUGAAGCCGUGGAUUGGUUUAUCUUUUAUAAAUUACCCAAAAGGCAAGACAAGGAAACUGGAGAGACUGGGCUAGAGUACCUAUACCUAGACUCCACAAUCAGAAGCUGGAGGAGGAGUGAGCAGUUAAUGAAUACCACUGAGAGUGCAUUGGGAAGGACAUUACAACAGCUAUAUGAAGCAUAUGCCUCCAAGGGUAACAGCACGGCCUAUCUAAUAUACAAUGAUGGAGUCCCUACAUCUGUGAAUUACGACAGAAAAUAUGGACACACCAAAGGUUUAUUGCUGUGGAACAGAAUCCAGGGGUUCUGGCUGAUUCAUUCUAUUCCCCGGUUUCCUCCAAUUCCUCAAGAAGGCUAUGAUUAUCCAUCCACUGGGAGACGAAACGGACAAAGUGGCAUCUGUGUAACUUUUAAGUACAACCAGUAUGAAGCAAUAGAUUCUCAGCUCUUGAUCUGCAACCCAAAUGUCUAUAGCUGUUCCAUCCCGGUCACCUUUCACAGGGAUCUUGUCCACAUGCCCCAGCUGUGUGCCAGGUCGAGCUCAUCAAAGAUUCCUGGCCGGCACCUCGUCACUCUUCAGUCAUCCCAAGGACAAAACUUCCUCCAUUUUGCAAAAUCGGAUUCUUUUCUUGGUGACAUCUUUGCAGCCUGGAUGGCUCAACGGUUGAAGACACACUUGCUAACAGAAACCUGGCAGCGAAAGAGACAACAGCUUCCUUCAAACUGCUCCCUUCCUUACCAUGUCUACAAUAUCAAAGCCAUUAAGAUAUCUCGACAAUCUUAUUUCAGUUCUUACCAGGACCAUGCCAAAUGGUGUAUUUCCCAAAAAGGCACCAAAAACCGCUGGACAUGUAUUGGAGACCUAAAUAGGAGCCCAUACCAAGCCUUCAGAAGUGGAGGAUUCAUUUGUACCCAGAAUCGACAUAUUUACCAAGCAUUUCAAAGAUUAGUUUUGUAUUAUGAGGACUGUAACUAACUCAGUGAAAGAAUACCUGUGCUAUCAUUGAAAACAUCUAUAAUGAAUCUUGCAUGAGAGCCAUUAUUUAAAUAUUUGAAGCCUAUAAGUAUGUUCAACAUAUCAUCAAAUAAAACAUGCCUUUCCAAUGUU